AUGUGGCUCCUGGAGAAAGCCGGCUACAGGGUGGGGACCACGGAGCCCGGGUCCCGAUGGGCGCCCUCCAACCUGUUCCCUAAGCGCCGCGCCCCCCACCCGCCGACGCGCGCGUACCCCAACGUCCUCACCCCGGACCGCAUCCCGCAGUUCUUCAUCCCGCCUCGGCUCCCUGACACAGGAGGCGCUGAGCCCCCGAGUUGGCGCGAAAUAGGAGGACGCGGCAUCACCGCGGCCUGCUCGCUGCCACACCUGGCGGGUCGCGAGGGCUGGGCCUUCCUCCCCGAGAGCCCGCACACGCGCCGCCGCGAGUCCCUGUUCCACUCGCCUCUACCCGGCCUGGCUGGAGGCCUCCCCCCGGCGCAGUCUCGGCUGCACGUCUCUGCCCCGGACCUGCGCCUAUGCCGAGCCCCCGACAGCGACACGGCGUCGUCGCCUGACCCGUCGCCCUUAAGCUCCCCGAGGCCUGGUUCGCCCAGGCCGCACUCGCUGUCCCCGGAGGAGCCCAGAUCCACAGGCAGGGGCCCGUACGCGCCGCGCCGCGCAGGGCCCCCCACCCCGCCGCUCUUCCACCUCGACUUCCUCUGCUGCCAGCUGCGGCCCACCAAGGAGAGCGUGCUGCGCCUCGGGCCCCGCGGCGGGCAGCUGCGGCUCUCCGCAGCCUACCAGGCGGGGCCAGGGCGGCUGCGGCUUCGCCUGGUGAGCGCCGAGGGCCUGCCCAGGUCACCGCCCAGCCCAGGGAGCGGCGGCGGCGGCUGCUGCGUGGUGCUAAGACUGCAGCCCCGCGUCCGGCCACGAGCCCAGCGCAGCCGAGUGGUCAAGUGCAGCGCCAACCCCAUCUUCAAUGAGGACUUCUUCUUCGAUGGGCUCUGCCCGCCAGACCUAGCCGCCCGCAGUCUGAGGGCCAAGGUGCUGGACAGGGGUGCAGGCCUACGCAGGGACGUGGUGCUGGGGGAGUGCGAGACACCCCUUAUUGCCCUGUUGCCCCCCUUGGGUGGAGGGCUAGGCCCAGGGUCCUCCCUGGCCCCCUCCCAUCUCAGCCUGUAG